CUCUGCCAACAUGAGCACCACAAACACAAGACUGAAGGCCGCGAUCCUGAUUGUGUCAGAGACAGCGUCUCAGGACGCCUCAACUGACAAAUGCAUACCAAUUCUCAAAGAUGUCUUCGGCAACUCCGGUAAUGACCAAUGGAAUGUUGCAGAGACCGAGAUCGUGCCGGAUAGUGUACUCGCAAUCCAGAAGACCAUUAAGAAUUGGACUGAUGGUGCUGAACCCGUCAAUCUGAUCAUCAGCAGUGGAGGUACCGGGUUUGCUACGAAAGACGUUACUCCGGAAGCGAUAACACCAUUGAUAGACAGACAUGCCCCAGGACUUGUCCAUGGCAUGCUUACGGCUUCAUAUGCUGUUACACCUUUCGCAUUGAUGGCAAGACCAGUGGCCGGCACUCGAAAACAGUCUAUCAUCGUCACUCUACCUGGAUCGCCAAAGGGCGCCAAGGAGAAUCUAGAGGCCGUCAUCAAGUUGCUACCGCACGCGUGCAUCCAGGCUGCUGGUGCAGAAUCAAGACCACUCCACGAAGGUGGUGUAAAGAAACUUGAGAAAGAUGCAGGCGUUUCUUCUGGUGGUGCGUCAUUAAGUGCAAGCGGCGGUCAUCAUCAUCACCACCACCAUCAUGGACAUGGUCAUUCCCACGGUCAUGGACCUCAUGCCGCAGUGCAGCCGCACACAAAGCCGGAAGACCGACCUCAGUCAAAUGACCCUAACGCCGGACCAACUCGCAGAUAUCGAUCCUCUCCAUAUCCAAUGCUUGCAGUCGACAAUGCGUUGAAGCUAAUUGCAGAGCACACACCUGCUCCCAUUGUCGAGAAGGUCCCUGUAGACAUGAAGUUGGGCGGCUCCGUGCUCGCAGAAGAUGUCAAAGCUACAGAAUCCGUCCCAGCUUUCCGAGCUAGCAUUGUGGAUGGAUACGCUGUCAAGAUCCCUUCCUCUGGCAAGUUUGAGAAGGGCGUGUACCCUGUUGCAAUCGUAUCGCAUGCCCAAGCAGGUGACGUGAAGGAGCUGAAGGAGGGAGAGAUUGCUCGGAUCACUACCGGUGCACCACUCCCACCUGGCGCCGAUGCCGUCGUCAUGGUUGAAGACACAGUAUUGAAGAGCCAGACAGACGAUGGCAAGGAAGAGAAGGAGGUCGAGAUUUUGACAGACGAGAUCAAAGCUGGUGAGAAUGUGCGCGAGAUCGGUAGUGAUGUGAAAGAAGGCGAGACGAUAUUGAAGAAGGGUGAGGGUGUCACAGUCAUUGGUGGUGAAUUCGGGCUCCUUGCAUCCGUAGGCACGAGGGAGGUCUCUAUCUACAGAAGACCCGUAGUCGGUGUAUUGAGCACAGGCGACGAAAUCAUCCCCCACGACAGAGAAGGACCGCUACGCCUGGGCGAAGUACGAGACACGAACCGCCCCACCCUCAUCACAGCAGCGCGAAGCCAUCGCUUCGAAGUCGUCGAUCUCGGUAUCGCAUCAGACAAACCCGGCACGCUCGAGCAAACCCUCCGCACCGCUCUCUUGAAGUGCGACAUAAUCAUAACCUCAGGUGGCGUCUCCAUGGGCGAACUUGACCUGCUCAAACCCACAAUCGAGCGCUCCCUAGGUGGUACAAUCCACUUCGGCCGCGUGAACAUGAAGCCCGGCAAACCGACCACCUUUGCCACAGUUCCCACCAAAGCGCCCGAUGGCACGCGCAUCUCCAAAGCCAUCUUCUCGUUACCGGGUAACCCAGCAUCGGCCGUGGUGUGCUUCCACCUCUUCGUCUUGCCGGCGCUGCACCAACAGGCUGGCAUCACGCCUGUGGGGCUGCCGAAGGUGAGUGUACUGCUUGAUGAAGAUGUUAGGAUGGAUAAGGGCAGGCCGGAGUAUCACCGUGCGCUUGUUGUUGCGCGGGAUGGAGCUAUGUAUGCUAGUUCGACGGGUGGGCAGAGGAGUAGUAGGAUAGGGAGUUUUAAGGGAGCGAAUGCGUUACUGGCUAUGCCGAUGGGGAAGGGGAGUUUGAAGAAGGGGGAGAGGGUUGACGCGCUGUUGAUGGGGAAGUUGGGUUGAGCAGUGUAUUUUGAUCUGGUCUACCGCUGCUCAUAGUUGCUAGCA